UAAGUGGUAGCGCUUCAAAUGUCAUGCUGUGCGGCAAUACGUGCUAACACAUUUUGUUAUUAUUGUUAUUUACAUUUAUAUACAGUAUUUUGUUAUUUAAGACGAAAUGAAAGAAAAGAGUGCAAAACGUAAAAAUGUGGAUGAUCAGCAAAGUACAAAACAGAAGAUAGCAACUGUUACUGUCUCCCAAAUAAGUUCAGACGUAAUAUGGCAGCUUGCAUCAAAAUAUUGGUCACCGGAAACUAAAGGCAAGCAUCUUCCUUAUGAUGCAAAAAUCAUAGAAAAUAUAUAUACACAGGAAAUAUUAGCACAGAAUCAAGCAUCAAGGCGCAUAAUGAUGUUGGAGUUUAGUCAAUAUUUAGAGGAAUACUUGUGGCCGAAUUAUGUUCGCGAAAAAGCAACUCAUGCACAUCUUAUGUCCAUCGUGGCAAUGGUCAAUGAAAAGUCCCGAGAACGUGUAGAAGUUUGGCCAUUUUUUGAAAGUUUACCAGAGCAGUAUCCUGAAUUUUUUAGGCAUGUAUUGGAAACAUGUUUGCCUGAGGGAGGUCGAAAUAAGCAGCAACCUAGUAUGCGUGAACAAACCGCACUCAUCGUGUUUCUUAAUCAAUGCUUUAAUAGUAUGGAAAUUGAAUUGUGCCGCGAACAAGCAAAACGUUUAGUUUCACUCUCUAUGUGGAGCUGUUUGCAGCCAAAACGUCUGGAUCAGGAACUACGGGAAAUACCCGAAUGGCGAAAAUACUGGAAGAAAUUACAAAAAAAAGAAAAAGGUGAAUUAAAACCGAAUAUUGCUUGGGAACGACAUUUUUUACAGAAUUUGAUUAUAAAAUUUUUGAACAUAUUGGAAUCUAUACCAUUAGAAGGAGAAGUGAAUGAUAAUAUUACACAUUAUUGUGAACGAUUUUUAGAGUUUAUGAUCGAUUUGGAAGCCUUGCUGCCUACGAGACGAUUUUUUAAUACAGUUUUGGAUGAUUGUCAUUUGCUGGUGCGUGCACAAAUAUCCAAUUUGGUGCAGCGUUCUGAAGGCAGACUAUUUAGUCAGCUUUUAGAAAAGCUUAAAUUUUAUACACGCUUUGAGAUCAAUGAUGUAACUGGUGACUCAUUGACAGAUCAUGAUAUGACACAAUUGCAUUACAAAAAAAUUACUUCACUACAACGAGCUGCUUUUGCCAAAUUCCCUGAUUUAAAAUUGUUUUCUCUAUCUAACGUAGCCCAUGUAGAUACACGCGAAACAUUGGAACGGCAUUUCGGUGCACUGAAUGCGAAAGCAUUAAAAGAAAUAGCAUCAUUUCUGAAUUUGGUGCCCGAUGAACUAAUAGCGCCCUUUCAGUGGCAUCGCUUAGAUGAGGACUUUCUCAAGGAGCUAUUAAUAACACGCCAUGAAAAGCGUUGCUCACAACUGGAAGCACUUAAUGAAAUGCCACUUUAUCCAACAGAAGAAAUUAUAUGGGAUGAAAAUGUAGUGCCCUCGGAAUAUUUUUCUGGUGAAGGCUGUCUGGCAUUACCGAAACUAAAUUUACAGUUUCUGACACUGCAUGACUAUUUGCUACGCAAUUUUGACCUUUUCCGACUUGAAUCAACAUAUGAAAUACGGCAAGAUAUUGAGGAUGCAGUUAGUCGUAUGCAACCAUGGAAGUCUGAAGAUGAUUCUGGAGAUGUAGUAUUUGGUGGUUGGGCACGGAUGGCAUUGCCUAUAUCAUCUUUUACCGUUGUUGAAGUGGCGAAGCCACAUCUUGGUGAGAAAAGACCUUCACGUGUUCGAGCAGAUAUAUCAGUAACCGUAUCGGUACGCAGAGAAAUAAAAGAGGAAUGGGAAAAUUUGCGUAAGCAUGAUGUGUGCUUUCUAAUAACAGUUAAGCCAACACAACCUUAUGGUACUAAGUACAAUCCACGUGAACCGUUUAUACCACAAGUAGGUCUUCUGUGUGUGCGUGGUUGUGAAGUUGAAGGUAUGUUAGAUGCAAAUGGAAAAGUGAUUGAAGAUGGUCCAGAUCCGCGUCCCAUUUUACCAGGCGAGCAACGUUCUUAUCGUGUAUGGCUUGACUCAAAUCAAUACCGUUUGGAUAUGGAUGCUUUGCAAGUGGGGGCUGAAGAUGUAUAUGAUAGUUUCAAUAUUAUUAUGCGCCGCAAGCCAAAAGAAAAUAAUUUUAAAGCCGUUCUAGAGACAAUAAGGCAUUUAAUGAAUACAGAGUGUGUAGUUCCGCCUUGGUUGCAUGAUAUACUACUAGGUUACGGAGAUCCUGCCGCAGCACAUUAUACGAAUAUGCCGAAUCAGGAGCGGUUUUUAAACUUUAACGAUACUUUCUUGGAUUAUGGGCAUUUAGUAGAUAGUUUUCCAAAUUAUGAAAUGAAAUGUGAUGUGGAAGAACAAUUACGUUUACCGCCUUAUCGUCUAAUAUUUGAAGACGUGCCGGAGAAAAAAGAUAGUGAUGAAGAAAACGAAAAGGAAACUGGAGCGGAAAAAGAUGCUGAGAUUGAAAUUGAAACUCAAACUUUACAAAAAGUACUUACUAUCCAACCUUAUGUGUCAGAGAGCCGUGGACCAUAUCCAAUCAAUAAACCCAAACAAAAUUCUGUGCGUUUCACUCCUACACAAGUUGAAGCUAUACGUGCUGGUAUGCAACCUGGUUUAACAUUAGUUGUUGGUCCACCUGGUACAGGUAAAACUGAUGUGGCGGUGCAAAUUAUUUCUAACAUCUAUCACAAUCAUCCAAACCAGCGUACACUUAUUGUAACACAUUCCAAUCAAGCAUUAAAUCAACUUUUUGAGAAAAUCAUGUACUUAGAUAUUGAUGAACGUCAUUUGUUGCGUUUGGGUCAUGGUGAAGAAGCACUUGAAACUGAAAAAGACUUUAGUCGCUAUGGGCGUGUUAAUUAUGUCCUGUCGCAACGAUUAGAAUUAUUGAACAAAGUACAAAAAUUGCAAGAAUCAAUGAAUGUUCUUGGCGACAAUGCCUACACCUGUGAAACAGCCGGUUAUUUUUAUCUUUAUAAUGUCAUGGCACGUUGGGAGAAAUUCUUAACAGAGGCAAGUGGAGUGGCAAAUAGCGAAGAUGCAACAGUAUGGCGUACAGUCUUUGAAGAGAAAUUUCCUUUUACUAAAUUUUUUGCUGAUGCACCACAGCCGCUUUUCAAAGGCAAAAAUUAUACAGAUUAUAUGGAUAUUGCACAAUCUUGCUAUCGUUAUAUUUCACAUAUUUUUACCGAGUUGGAAGAAUUUCGAGCAUUUGAACUGCUACGUACUGGUAUUGAUCGUUCAAAAUAUCUGUUGGUAAAGGAAGCUAAAAUAAUUGCUAUGACUUGUACUCAUGCUGCACUUAAACGCAAGGAGUUAGUGAAUCUGGGUUUCAGAUAUGACAAUAUACUGAUGGAAGAGUCUGCACAAAUUCUAGAAAUUGAAACAUUUAUCCCACUUUUAUUACAAAAUCCUUUAGAUGGUUUUAACCGUCUGAAACGUUGGAUAAUGAUUGGUGAUCAUCAUCAGUUACCACCCGUAAUUAAAAAUAUGGCAUUUCAAAAAUUCUCGAAUAUGGAACAGAGUCUUUUUACACGUUUAGUAAGAUUAGGUGUACCAACAGUAGAUUUAGAUGGACAAGGACGUGCUAGAUCCAGUAUUUGCUCUUUAUACAAAUGGCGUUAUAAAAAAUUGGAUGAUUUAGUUCAUAUAUUUGAACGCGAUGAGUACCGAAAAGCAAAUUCAGGUUUUCUGUAUGACUAUCAGCUGAUUGAUGUUGAUGAGCCCAAUGGUGAAACUGAACCAAAUCCAUAUUUCUAUCAGAAUCUCGGUGAAGCCGAAUAUAUUGUCGCAGUUUAUAUGUACAUGCGAUUACUUGGCUAUCCAGCGGAUAAGAUUUCAAUACUAACAACAUAUAAUGGUCAGAAGCAUUUAAUACGAGACGUUAUCAAUGUACGUUGUGGAAAUAACCCACUCAUAGGUUGGCCCUAUAAAAUAACUACUGUUGAUAAAUAUCAGGGUCAACAAAACGAUUACAUACUUAUUUCACUGGUGCGCACUAAAGCCGUUGGUCAUCUAAGAGACGUGCGUCGUUUGGUGGUAGCAAUGAGUCGUGCUCGUUUAGGAUUAUAUAUUUUCGGGCGUGUUGCAUUGUUUAGGAAUUGCUUUGAAUUGCAAAAAACAUUUAAAUUGCUAACCGAACGUCCGCUGAAAUUACAAUUACUAGCUGGUGAAACCUAUCCAACAGAACGUUUAGUGAGUGAUUCAGUUGAGGCUGAAGUAACAACGAUCGAGGGAAUGUCUGCUAUGGCCGCAUUUGUAUACAAAAUGUACAUGCAGAAAAUAGACAAAAUAAAAGAAAAGCUACCAACUGACGCAGAAUUAGAAAUAUAUAAAAAUCUACCACAAGCCAUUGGUAAUGAGACUGUCGAAAGUGAUAUCGAACAGGAGCAAACACAGAAUGAAGAACCACCACAAAAACGUAAAGCGGUGGAGGAAAAAAACAAAGAUGAACCAUUUAAGCCAACACUUAUCGUCAAUGAGAUAGAAGAAUUAGUUGAAGAAGAAACAAUUCAACCCAUUAAAAAUUCAGAAGAAACCAUGAUCGAAACAAUUGAAAAUUCAGAAAAUAUUGAAGUAGAAGCAGAAGAAAAAUAAACUCUUUAUAAUAACUAAACAAUUUAUUUACU